CCCGAUACCAAUUAUUAUCCUUGGACCAGAUAGUAUAGAGAUCAUCUCUUUCGAGAAUAAACAAAAGUCUCAUCGUACUCAAUGUCUCUACCCAUCUAUACAACACUCGGUCUAUCCUUUGAUCUAUUGGCGGUUGAGGUCAAACCGCCGAACAAACUGUCAUGGUACCAACUCCAAUCAGAUUUGUCAAAGGUGGAAAGGAAUUGAAAGGCAUGGUCGACUGUCUUGUCAAUGCCAAUGUGAAGGAUCCUGUGGUUUGUGGGAUACUUGUCCAAGGAUUCAACUGCGCAACUUAUUGGCUGGAACUGAAAUCUGACGGUGUGUAUGUGUUGACUUGCCUGGGAAAAUCUGCAUUGCUACGAUCGCCCAUGGAUCUCCCUCUUGUCCCCAGUAUCGUCGAACAUUGGAUUCAACUAUGAUCUAUUCUACCAUGCACUUGUCAAAAAUUGAUGCACGUUCGUCGGAGGACUGACCAACUGACUUGGCUGUGACCGUCUUGCGAUACAUGUCAAGAUCAAUCAUAUUGUCAUGGUUUUGUUAGUGAGAUCAUGUCGUCUCUUCAACAUCCCCUUGUGUACAUAUUGAUUUUCAUAUUUGUUAUGAUAUUUUACUUUCAUAUAAGUAUUCCACCAUCUCUAUAAUAAAUCAGUAUCAGAUUAUCUUUGUGUCCCAUCCACAUCCUGUUCCUUGUUCCGUGUUCCUUGUCUUGCUCCCUCUUGUCUUGUCUCGUCCGUUCCUUCGGAAAGCACCUAACACCGUCCUGUUCUUGCACAAUAUUCACGACAUGCCUAGAGGCUCAGUAACAUGCCU